AUUAUAAAAAGCUUGUCACAAGAGAAUAACUACAAAGAAUAAUUCAAACUGAUGAUAAGAAACCGUGAUUUGCCAGAAAUAAAAAAUCUUGUUUAACUGUUGUAGUUAUUUGAAUAAUUAAAUUAAUUAUUUUUUCAAAUUGAAAAUAUUGACUGAGUUAUCUCAUUACAUCAGUAAGAGUUAUUUGGUAGCAAAACAAAAUUGGCUAUUCAAGGAGGUUAAAGAUGUUUUGCUGAUAUUGGACAGUAAUAACAUAAAUAACUACUCUUUAGCUCACUGAAAAAUGUAAAAUUAACCCAGAUAAAAUGAAGAACUUUCUAAUACCUCUGAUUUUUUUCACAAAUUUUAUUCUCGGUGAUGAAUCAAAUGAAAUUGAUUAUGGCGACAUCAUGCAAAUAUCUUUUGAGCUCAAAGAUGAAAUAAAAAGGCCCAAACAUGACUCAGACUGGAUGAUGAAGAAGUUGCAAAGCUUCAAUGACGGUUUCCGAGAAUGGAUCAAGUUGGUUCAUCGUGGAGACAAGUACGUGAUGUGGGGGUUCGCCUGUAUGAAGGAGCGGCAGGGUCCUUAUCACCUCACACUGUUUCCUGUAGACAUGUUGUUCCUGGUAAGAUACUACAAGUGGGACCACUAUGAUUGCUGGAGGUUCGGAAAGUACCUGGAGGAAGGCAAGAACAUGUGGCUCGAGUUGAAAGAGUUUGUGAAGAACAGGAAAAGAGAGCAAUUAAAAGAAGUCCGAUAAGUCCUUAAAUGCUAGUUUUUAAUCAUUGUGUUAAAGUUAAAUACACAUGUUCUAUUGAAGAGUCUCACUGAAAUAAACUGCUAGCCAUUACUCUGAUAGAAGAUAAGUGUGUGACUAUGUUACUGAUAAAAGUGAAUGAAAACUUUCACUAUUACUUAAAUAUAGUAAAAUUAUUUUAAAGCUUAUUUUAAUAUCAUUGAAUUAAUUUGGUUCAUAACUGAAAACCCCAAAAUUUCAAGGAAGCAUUUUUGACUCACUGAUAUUAAAAUUGUAACAAGUUACAACAAUUAAUUGAUAUAUCGCUUAAUUCAGUAUGGGUUUAACAACACCAUUGUGAGUAAUAAAUAUUCUUGACCAAUUUGGAAUGUGCAAUUGCUAAAUACUAAAAUUAAUGUUCAGCCCAUCAUUACACAAGGCUGUUGACAGUCAAAAUUCCGAUCUGAUAGAGAUGUCCCAAGAGUGUAAAAACAGUAUACUGCGUCCAUCAGGUGAAACAUUUCAUCUUACGGGCAAGUUGCAGAAGUUUCUGGAUGGCCUAAAGGACCUGGCGAACAGGACCUACAGCGGAGAUGAGAUGGCUCUCCAACUGGUGCACAAGAUGAAGGAGGCAGGGGCACCUUACCACAUGCACAUGUUCCCAAUAAACAUGAAAAUUUUGGUGAAGUACUAUACUUGGGAUAGCUACGAUGUCUGGGAGUUUGGGGAAUUGAUUGAAGAGACUAAGACUGUUUGGCUGGAUUUAGAUGCUUAUGUGACACAGAAAAAAUCCAAAGGCAAAAUUAAGUAGUUGUCACUAAAACUGCUCAUAAUGAAAUAAUUAUUGUUAUUUCAUAGACCCAUAAUAUAAUCAAUCCUAACUAAUGAUAAACAAUUAUUACAUUCAACAUUUUUUAGUACUGCACUUUUGCAGUAAGAUUAAAUGUUUCUAGGUUAGUUUCAUUACAGAAGUAAAAAGUUUACAACAGAAACUGAAACCGGAAUCAAUUUGCAAAAUAUUAAUAAGUUAAGUAUUUUGAUUUUAUGUUUUACACAGAUUUUGUAGACUUCAUUGAUUGAAGACAAAAUUUAAGAAUUCAAACUAAAACAUAUCAUAAAACAUUGAAAAUAUUGUUCUAUUUAUUAUUGUAUAAAAUUGAAAUUUAACAAUACUGAAUUACAAUUAUAUCAAUUUAAAUGUGAAACACAGCUCUUUGAAUAAUAUAUUGUGUAAUGAAUAGAAGGUACAUUCCUCUCAUAUUACCAUUCUUAACUAAUUUUGCAAUAUAUGAAUAGUACAAUACACAAGUUCAUCACUAAAUGUCUCUUGAGUAUUAAUAGCUGUUAUGCACUUACCAUCAUAGUUUAUAGUUUUUACAAUUUUGCAUUUAUCAUUUCAGUAAAUUUUACUUUUCCUCUAGAUGUUUAUGAUGAUCAUAACUUGCAAUGUUUGGAUCAAAUAAUAUCAACAGAUUUAAUACAAGCUGAUGUGAGUCCAGUAUUAUUGCAAAGAAAUGCGUAUUUGUAUUAUGAAACACUGCAAUAUUUCUAUGAUAAAUUGAAACACAAAGAUUAUUUGGGUUUCAAAAAAGUAAUGAAAAUUAAAUCUAAUGGAGGUCCAAAACACUUAAACAUUUCAAUAAAGACACCUCUUUUUCUGGAAAAUGAAUGGUCAAAAUUUGAUCUUGGAGUUUUACAUGAUAUUUUGAAUGGUACAAGAGAAGUAUGGGGAAAAGUGAUGGGUUUAACUAAAACCAUCCAAUAUGGUAUGCUUGAUCAUGUACUAUAUAAAUUGAACUCCACACUCAUUUCCAUUCAAGAUGAAGAAAAUAAUUAUGAAAAAAAUAAUCAAAAUCACUUUCAUAUGGGUGAGGAUUUUGAAAAACAUGAUGUGCAGAGUGAUAGUGUGUACAAUACAAUUUAUUCUUCAGUAAACCAUUACAAUAACUUUUGUACAGAACUUACAGAAAGCAGUGAACAAAUGAGACAAACCAAGAUGGAAAAACUUAAAAGGCAGCAGAAACACAUACAGUUACAAUUAUUAGCAAGAGAGAGGAAAGCUCAAAAACAACGUAAACAUUUAGAGAGAAUUGAACAAAGGCGACUGAUGAAAGAGAAGAAAGAAGAGCGUAUGGAAAGACACAAACGCUUUAUGGCAAAAAAUAAAAAAAAUUCUAUAAACACUAGAAAUAAAACACUAGAAUGAAAUAAAUCCAACUUUACAUAACUGGUUAAUGAUUUAUCAAUGUUUUAUAACGAUACAAAUAUUUUUUAAUUCUAAAACUUACUACUUUAAUAACUGAUAAUAUAAACCACAAACUUAUAAUAUAACUAACUAUGAUAAUAUAAAAUAUCACCACCCUAAAACUUUUCAUUAAAUAGAUAGUCUCCAAGUAUGUUAAAUAUUAUUGUGCCAAGUUAAGUUACUGAUAAUAAAUUAUUGUAAUGUAUAUUGCUGCUAUUAUAUUAUGUACUUCUUAAAACAUGUAAUAGCCUCUAUUUUAAAACUACAAGAUGUUGUAAAACAUGAUCAUUUUUGUUACAAUGUUGGUGGGUCUAUUAGAAAUGCGUGUCAUACCCCAAUCGGUGGGGUAAAAAAACAAUGGUUUUCUAAUACCCUAUAAAUAUUAUCCAUCUGCAUUUUGGACACUGAAAAUACAUUCACGGACACUAUUAAUCACUCCAGAAUACGUUUAUUGAAAAACCGAUAAGCAUAUUUUAUUUUUGGUUGAAAUUGCGUUUUAAUUUUUAAAAGUACAAUAAUUUCAGCUUUUGUAAACGUGUUAAUGGCUGAGAUAUAACUAUUUCCUUACAAGAAAAGUUUUGGAUCAUCUGAUAUCAAAAACCAAAAUAUUUUUAAAUAUAAAAAUAUCUGUAUGAAUAUAAAUAGUUUAAACUGUUACAUAUUUUAGUACUUUAUAUUUACUCUUAGUUGUGCAACACCCAAUAUUCAAAAUUUUUUAACAGCAACUAUCUUUAUAUCUUUUGUUGAAGCUGGCUAAUGAACUUAACAAAGGCAUACAUGAGUACUAUUUUUAUAAUGUAUAUUUUUACAAUCUCAUAUUAUGCCAUAUUGGUCUCCAUGAUCAAUUUUCAAUGUGAGAGAUUUUGGGAUCUGUGCUUUGUAAUCAACAAAUGUAGGCUAUACAAUCAUUUUCUAAAAGUUCUGUCAUAACAAUUAUUUAUAUUUGAUUUAAUAAUAGAAUUUUUUAGUAUUAGCUGCAGCGUUAGAGUAAUCCUUAUACAGGAGCUCACAAAAAAGAUUGUUGGAAGCCAGUGGUGGAUUACCCAUUACACUCAACAUAAUAGGUACACUUAGGUGUGCAAAAAAGCAUCAAGUGCAAGGCAAUCACAAACUAUGUUUUAUCACUCUUAUCAAAAUGUUAUCAAAUACUAUUAUAAAAUGAUCUUAUAUUCAUAUGAAAACACUGCUAUGUAAAUGACGUUUAUGUAGAGGAAACAUCGAUUCCACAGUUAAAAAUGUUUGUGGUAGAAACAAUCUUGUCUCAGAUACAAUUUGAUUGUAUGGAGAGUUUCAAUUUGUGUUUUGUAGUUGUAAUCAGAUUGACUGGAAAUAUAACAGAUGGUUGAAAAUGAAACAUUUCUCUACUGGUAACAUUGCAUGUUGCUACCAAACAUAGAAUCUGUGAACAAAGCCAAAUAUCUGGAUGUUACAACUGACAAAGAUUUAAAAUGGACUACACAAAGGGGCGCACCAAUGAUGGGGGGAGGGGUGGGGGUGGAGGAAUGGGACCUGUCUCCCCAAGAGCAUUUUAUUUCAAAAUAAUCAAUUGCCUUAAUUAUCCUUUUUUACUAGAAAUAAUACUUAUGUUGGAAUUUUUUAAUCAAUCAUAAUCAAAUACAGGAAUUAAAACUUAAUAACUAUUUUAAUUUUUGAAAUACAUGGCACUGCAAGUAUAAUAAUUCAAAUUUGUUCAAACCCUUUAAAAUAAGUAAAUGAAUUUUACUGCCACAAAGCAACUACGAAAGUGAGGUUAGUUCUUACCCUUUCUUUUGGAUUCUACCUGUACCCGUUACUCUCAGUAACCAAGUACAAAAUCAACUCAUACUGAUUUAUAAUCAUACGUUACAGAGUACUCCUAAAAUGGUAAAGGUAAUGUUCCAGUUACUGUUAUCAUAAGUUUCUGAUUUAUAUAUUUGCAGUUUUGUUGAAAAGUGCCAAAAACCAGUAUUUUUCACUAUUAUUGAUAUAAAAACUGGAAGUUAUUAUUAGUAAAUAGUUUUAUAUGUCGAAAUGCAGAAACAAACAAGAUACAUUUUUAUAUAACCGCCGUUAUUUCAGCUGUAUUAGUUAAACUGUGGUCAACUUUCAAACUGGGAUAUUUAUCCUUUUUCAUCCAAGUAAAAUCAAGAUCUAGCUUUGGUAUUGAUGUGUGAUGUAAACUGAACUAUUUUGUUCAAUAUUUGAUUAAUGCUAAAAUUACAUUUUUUUUAUUUUGUUAAAUACACCUCAUAUAAACUGUAUUUGUUGAAGAAGAUUUUAAUUAUCCCUGUGUGAGCUUACUGGUGAUUGGUGGUAAAGUAGUUUUACUCUUAAUUUUAUACACUCUGAUGUGAUCUUUGCCCUCUUUUUAUUAGUUCAGAAGAACUAUUAAAAAAUUCUUUUUGGACGUAAUAUUUCAGAAAUUUCCUGGGGAAGAGUCCCCGGACCCCCCUACUGUUCUAGAGUGGUUUUGAUACCUCCAAGUGCCCAAAGUUCCACACACCCCCAGAGAAGAUUUCUAGGUGCACCACUGACGUUGUCGACCUAGUAAGAAUCUGGCAAAAAACUUGUAGAAAGAUUUCACUGAACUCUAUGUAAUGCCCGUGUGUCUCUAUACAUACAGAUGAUUAUGUAUGUGACAAAAAUUUUAUAAGAGGUACAGUCAUGUGUGCAUAAUGAGAGAUGAGCACCUUUUCAUCUAAAGUACACUGAAUUUUUACUGGGUAAACCAGACAGGGCUCUUUUGUAGUCUAUGUGCCUCUGAUGUUAAAAGUAUGUACCACGAAAACAACUGAGAACUCAUUGUGUUGCCAAGAGUACGUUUUUAAUGCUAAAAUCAUGAAAAAUACUAAGUAGUAUUGCCAAGGUAUUCUACUGUUUUGGUCUUGCUGGAACCUUCAGAUGGCCAUGGACUCCAGAUUCCAAGAGUCAAGUCUGUUGACAACACCAUAUCUCAGCCAUAAUAAAUUCCCAAUGGAGUGGGUACUAAAAAUAAGAUACAACUCAAUGCAGCAAUCAGUUGCACUAAGUCCCAAUUCAGCUGGACAAUGUGAGCUUAGUUUUAAGUUAUGCAGAAUCUUUUUGCCAUGCAUAAAUGAAUGUUCCUUCUAGCCAUAAUAUCCUGAUUAGGAGUAUUAUCCAUUUUUAUAAUAAAUUGCUAUUUUCAAGUAACCCUGAAUAUCAGAUCAUCUUAUCUUAUCUCUAUUACACUGUUUAUUGUAAUUCAUAUUUAUUUUCAUUCCUUAUUUUGUAUUGUUAAUACCAUUAAUACCAUUCAAAUUAAUUUUUAAUCCAAACAGAUAUUCUAUACACUCACUUAUCAUGUGAUUAAGUAAAUGUGAAUAUACUGACUAUAUAUUUUUUCAUUUUGUAUAUAAAAGUGAAAAUAUUUUACUAAAUUUUAAGUUGUGUUAACUCUUGGAUUUUGGAGAAACUUAUCCGAAUCAAUGUCGUAAUCUACAGGGUACAACGGUUGUCUCUUCAGUAUGUGAAGCAUGUUGUGCCAGCGGCCGGCAAUGUCCUGUGUCUUCAUACGUAACUCAUCUACCUGAUCCUGUGUCCAGUUGAAAGCCUCCAUCAAUCUUUCAUCAUUUUGCGUGAUGUUUGGUAGGUGCAGCCCUCCUUCUUCAAUGAUGCUCAUUGUUUCCCUAUCACCAUCUCUGUUCCCAUCCUUCAUUUUGUGUUCAAUUUCUUGCAGAAAUAUCACCAGAUCUAAAAGAUCCCUGUACAAAUAUUUACCUCCCAAAAGCACUGGAUUUUCUAUAGACUCACAUAUUUUUUUGUCAAGAUAGCGGACAUGAAAGCUAAGGUCACUCCCGACGCAUAACUGACACAAAAACAAUAAACACAGUCUGAACGUAGUCAUUCUGGUUCCACUAUCAGUUUGAGAUAUCCAAUGAAACUUUACUUUAAUGAAUACACCUUUAAUUUAUUUUAAAACUUUAGGACCUUUUUUAUGCAAUUCAAUUAUUAAUACUCUUUAAAUUUAAAUAGAAUAUGUUGGUCAUAUGGUAUUUUUUAUUAACAAUUUUAACAUACAUAUAAGUUUAUACAUACAAAAACUACAAUAAAAGCAAAUGUUAUUUGAAAAAUUACAACUUUAAUAGUUCAAGUUACAUUAUAUUAUCAACAUAUUAGACAUAGUUUUCAAUACAACAGAACUACACUUUAAUGAUACUCAAAGUAUCUUAGUUAAUAUUGAAAAGUUCUUAGUCUUUUCUCUAAAAAAAUUAAUUAUGUAAUACAAUUCUAUGAGAAACAAGAAAAUAAAGUUAUUUUUAUACAUCCAUAUGUAUAUAAACAUGUUGGAUCCUUAUAGAACUUAAUAAAGAAUUGUUUUACAUUGAUGAACAGAUUAGUGGAUCUUUUUCUUAACAGAAGACUACAAGUGUAUAAACAUGUUAGUAGAAUUAUUAAUGGUUUUAAUUCAAGCAAUUGUUUCUCUCUGUGAAUUUUGGGUAUACGAGGACCUACCAGAGUUUCAACAAAAUCUGACAACAAUCUACCAAAACAUGAACAGGUUCAACUACUCCAUCCUCUUGGACACAGCUGUGGGCUACUAUGAUGAGCUGAAGGAGCUGGUAUCUGCAGUGGACUAUGGGGAGUAUGAAGCUGAUGUCAUGCUACGUAACAUUUACGAUGCAGGCGGACCCUUGCAUGCAUAUAAUCCACCUUAUGAGAAACUUUCCAAGGGCUACAUGUGGACUAAACAGGAAAGAGAUGGUUAUGAAGAUUUGAUGAACAAAACUUGCAAAGUGUGGAAUGCACUGAAGAUCAAAGUAAAAAGUCCUGAAGAGUUGGAACCAGAAUCUAGUGGAAACUUUUGACAGUUGCUAUAUUACAUUAACAUAAUAAGUGAUACAAGGCUAAUUAAUAGCAUUUCUGAACCAAAACAUAAACAUUAAAAGUUAGUUAUAGUAUUGCAUACUAAGUGGUUGAGUAUUUUUGUAAGGCUAUGCUCAAGGGCUCCCUUGUAUUUCUGUUCCUCAACACCAUAUCAAGUCAAAACUAUGACUUAUUAGGACAUUUAGUGCAAAACAUGACAUCUGUUUACAAAACCUCAAUCGUGUACAUCAGAAUAUCUUUUUCAUGCCAUUGAAUCGUAUCUGGUUCACUUGUUAGAUUUGGAAACUGCAAUAGGAAACUCAACCAAAAAUGCCACAUUAGUAGAAAAUAUUGACAAACAUAUGCCUAAACAUCUUGACAAGAUUCCUCUUACCAAUAUAUCCUUGGCAUAUGAUUGGGGUGAACCGGAGGUGGACAGGUUCAUGAUAACAGUGUCUAAAACUCGGAAGAUUUGGUACAACAUUUUACAAGCAGUAAGAAAAAAAUUGUAAACCUUGAUAGAUCAAUAAGAUUUAAAUACCAACUAUGUACAAUAAUGACAUAGUUGUAAUGACAUAGUUAUAUAUAUAUAAAACAUUGCUUUACUGUUUAAUUAUAGUUUCAAGAAGUAGUAUUUACGAAUUUGAGUUUUUUGUUAUUUAAAUUCACAAUAAAGUUGGAACUUAUAUAAUUA